AUGAUGCACAAAUUUCUCACCUCUACUCUCCUCAUCGUUAUCCUCCUCUGCCUCGUAGCAUUUCCAACAACAUCUGCUCGUCUACUAGUACACAAACCAGCAGAUGACCAAAACCAUCAAAUCUCCAACGCGGUUCCGAUACCAAAGUCACAAGAUAAAGACUCCAUAGAUGAAUUGAUGGGAUUGGAGAUAUGUGGGAAUGGAGAUGAAGAGUGCUUGAAGAGAAGACUGGUUUCAGAAGUUCACUUGGACUACAUUUACACACAGCAUCAAAACCCUUAAAAUUAAUAAUAAUAAUACUUGUGAUUUUAUGGCUUUUAAUUAACAUAUAUAAAUACUUUGAUUAGAAUAGAGAUUAGUUUUGUGGAAAUAUUUAACCCCUGUUAUACAAGGAUGGUUAUUUCAGAAUUUUUAGAAAGAAGAGUUUUGGCAUA